GCGCCAGACGCUGCUGGUGUUCGCGACGGUGUGCCCGCUCAUCAGGGAGCACUACGACCAACUUGUCGCCCUGUGGCCGUCCGUUGCCGACGAGCUGAGAGCUUCCGCUGGGCUGAUGGUGAUGCUGGUCUCGAGCUGGGAGUCCGACUGGGGCCUCCUCAAGUGGUUCGACGCCCGCGACGUCGCGAUGGUCGGUCGGUGCCGCGAGCGAGACCGCUACCUCGCUGACGACCGCGUCGGGGCCCGCGCCGCGGCCCGGGGGGGAGGCCCGCUGGUGCCCGAGCUUCUGGGCGUCGAGGGCCGUCUUGGGCGUGGCGGCCUCCUGGCUGAUCCCGGCUUCGCCGAGGUGCCCAGCUCCAUGACGGAGCAGUCCACGUGGUCGGACAUCAUGGCCCUGGAACCCCGCGUGAUUCUACGUGGGCUGGAGAGAGUGAGCCGCGCCAGGCUUGGCCGCGACAUUCGCCAGCUUCUGUUUGCAGACAACUUGGGGCUCGAACUCGCCGCAGGCAGAUGGCGGUGUCGGACCUUCAAAAUCCUUGUCGUCUUGCGCAGAAUGGCCGCCCGGUGUCUCAGUCGCAACAUCCACCUCCCUGUUCGGUGGAUCCCGUCGGAGAGGAAUCCCGCUGACGCCCGCACUGUCGUUUUCAGCCUCAGUCAGUUUCGGCUGACCUUAGACAGGGCGAUGUUGGCCGACCCUGUCCCUUGUGAGCGCGCUCCCCGUGACGCACCUGCGUCCAUGCAGCCGAACCUCUCUACAUCAGAUGUCAGAGUGCGAGUGCUGGCCUCGCCCCAGGCCGGAGGCCCGUUCGCUUCGUGGCAGCGCAGUUCCCCGGUGCUGGGGGCCAGGAGCACGUUCGGGGUGAGAGCUUUGGCCCGCCGCGCCAGUCAGCCACGUCUCUCGAACGCCGAGGCGAAGUUUCUGCUGAAGCAGUUGCGGCCGUUGAUCAGCUCCGAACCGCGGUUCGCCGAGGACUCGGGCUCCGACGGCGAGGCGUAG